AUGGCCGACAACGCAGAGGCGGGCGGCGAUGCCCAAGUCACCUUCAAGGUCAAGACGGCGCAGGAGGGCUCGCACACCAUCACCAUGCCCGAGUCGGCGACGGUGCUGGAGCUCAAGACGAAGCUGUCCACGGCCGAGUUCGAGAACAUCCCGGUCGAGCGCCAACGCCUCAUCUACUCCGGCCGCGUCAUGAAGAACGACGACACGCUGGCCACGUACAAGAUCAAGCCUAACAACACUAUUCACAUGGUCAAGAGUGCCGCCAGCAACGCCGCCCCGGCGGCCUCCGCGUCGACGCCCACGCCCGCCGCGCCCACCAACAUGGCGUCCGGCACCGCCAACAACCCGCUGGCCGGCCUGACGGGCGCCAGGUACGCCGGCCACCAGAUCAACCUGCCCGGCAUGGACAUGUUUGGCCCUGACGGCGGCAUGGGCCCUCCCAUGGACGAGGAACGAUUGUCCCGCAUGAUGUCCGAUCCCAACGUGCAGCAGUCCAUGAACGAGGCCCUCAACAACCCCGACUUCAUCAACAUGCUCAUCGACUCGAACCCGAUGCUGCGCAACGUCCCCAACGCCCGCGAGAUCAUCACAUCCCCGUUCAUGCGCCAGAUGAUGAGCAACCCGCAGAUGAUGGCACAAGCGAUGCGCAUGCAGCGCGCAAUGGGCAGAGGCGGCGACGCCGCCUUCCCUGCCCCUGGCGCCACGGACACCACACCCGAGGGCGCGCCCGCGACCGACGGCUCCGCCGGUCAGGGCACCACGCCGCAGCAGAACCCUUUUGCGAACCCGUUCAUGCUGCCGGGCUUCAUGGGGGGCGCGGGCGGCACGGGCCAGCCCCAGGCGGCGGCGAACCCCUUCGCGGCCCUGUUCCCUCCCCCGGCGGCCGGGGGCGCGAACCCCUUUGCCAUGGGUCCGGAGCAGUUCCAGCAGAUGAUGCAGAUGUUUGCGCCGCAGGCAGCGGCUCCCUCGGACAAUAGGCCGCCCGAGGAGCGCUAUGCGGAGCAGCUUAGACAGCUCAACGACAUGGGAUUCUACGACUUUGACCGCAACGUGGCCGCCCUUAGACGCAGCGGAGGAAGCGUGCAGGGUGCUGUCGAGCACCUGCUCGGGGGAGUCUAA